AGCCCCGCGCUCACAUUGACGACGCAGCGCAGCGACGGGACGGCGUCGAAUAGCUUGGCGUCGACAAGGACGCUCCCGCGGCCGGGGAUUGCUGACCGGCUUUCUCCCCUGUUCCUUCGCUAAUGUACAGAUCCAACUGUGGAUAUCGCGGGACAUACUCUGCCUUCUCAUUGCCAAUCCAAUCGAUCAUCAAAGGCCAAAAUUAAGCUGCCAAGACACGACACACAAUAGUUAUCCAAGUGGCAUGCCACAGGAACCAAUCAGUUGAGAUCAAGAUUACCAAAACGGCCCAUGGCGGCCGCCGCGGAGACGCCUCCGUCCGUCAGCGGGAAGCCACCACUCCUCCUCCUGCGCCGCACCACCGGCCGUCUCGCCGCCGCGCUGCGCUCGCGCUUCCAGGUCCUCAGCUUCCACGACUCGGGGGGCGCUCCCCUCCAUGCCUUCCUCGCCGCCUCCGGCGCCUCGGAUCCCCCGCGCGCCGCCCUCGUCCCCGGCGGAGGCGGCAUCGCCGUCGACGCCGCCUUCCUCGACGCGGCGCCGCACCUCCGCUGCGUCGUGACCACCUCCGUCGGCACGGACCACAUCGACCUCGCCGAGUGCGCGCGCAGGGGCGUCGUCGUCGCCGGCGCCGGCGGCAUCUUCUCGGCCGACGUGGCCGAUCACGCCGUCGGACUCCUCAUCGACGUGCUCCGCCGCGUCUCGGCGGCUGACCGGUACGCCCGGCGCGGGCUCUGGCCGGUGCGCGGGGAUUACCCGCUUGCCUCCAAGCUUAGUGGCAAACGGGUCGGCAUCAUCGGUCUGGGGCGCAUUGGUUCAUCAAUCGCAAAGAGACUCCAAGCAUUUGGCUGUGUCAUCCAUUACUACUCUAGAAGACCCAAGGAGACCGUCUCCUUCAAACACUUCCCUGAUGUCACCGGCCUUGCCGUUGAAUCCGAUGUACUCGUGGUCGCCUGCGCCCUGAACGACCAAACACGGCAUGUUGUCAACAAGGAUGUCCUAGAGGCACUAGGAAAAGAUGGUGUCCUGGUGAACAUCGCCCGGGGUGGGAAUGUCGACGAGGCAGCAAUGGUCAGGGCGCUAAAGGAGGGAGAGAUAGCCGGUGCGGGACUCGACGUCUUUGAGACGGAGCCUGCCGUGCCACCGGAGUUCUUCUCCAUGGACAAUGUUGUGCUCACGCCACAUGAUGCCGCCUUUACCACUGAGUCAGGCUGUGACCUGUGCGACCUCAUGGUCACGAACCUAGAGGCGUUCUUCCAAGGGCCUUGUGAUGUUUGUGGCCAAGUGGGCCAUGCAAGAUGAAAGCAAAGGAGAAGAGUUUCUUCUCCAUUGAUCUAAUCGAGUUCUUUUAGGAAUAUGUAGUGUGUAUGUUACUUCUGGAUUUUUACAUUUCGCUUCCAAUAUUUCUUUGCUUCUGGACACUUUCGUGAGGGAACGCAGAGGUUUCGUCGAAUAAGCAGUGAACAGGUAUUUAUUUCUCGUUUUGCCUUGCUGCGAUCUAUUUCUUUGUUGUCACUAAAAUUGCAUGCAGUUUACUACUUGCAAUCGAGCAUCGCAUGAAAUGCAAUUGAGGUAACACUGGAAUUGCAGCCCGGUUUUAAAUUUUGUUGAUUGUUACUUUUUUUACAUCACAGGAAUCCCAGUUGCGUAACACUGGCAUUGCACAUAGCCUAACAUGUGCAAUAGCAUGUCUUACACAUGCAAUUGAAAUUGUUUCUCAUUGCGCACCAGUAAUUAUGUUCAUUACUGUUUGAUUCUUAGUUUUCAAAUUGUCACUCAGUUAGUGUAUUGUGUUUCACUUUGUUGUAGCUGAAUGCGUGUAGGUGCCUGUUUAUUUAGUUCUUUAUGUGUCUGGUUUCUUUUUUAAUGUGCAGAUGACUGGUUUUUGGGCAGAAAUCAGGCGCCUGAAUUUUUGUGUGAAAUCAGGCGACUGAUUUCUGGGCAGAAAUCAGGCGCCUGCUGUAUAGACAGACCCAAUUAACAUAACAGCAUAAUAAGAAUUCCCAAACUUAAGCAUCUUCACACAAUACAUAGUCUCGUACACAAUCUUUACAACAAUAUCUUAGGACAGGAAGCACAAUCGACAAGUCCUAACUUUCACAUAAUAGUAAGCAUAUGUGAUAUGAAUCAAACCCCAUCAUUCAACAUUCAACAUCUCUCCAACCAUGCACAACAGUGCUUCACUAGCACGCUGUCUCUUUGGUGUUGUAAUUAACAAAUGGAGACAUGUGAUUGUCUUGUGGUGUUGGAUCUAUCUCUGUGUCAUUAAUUGUCCUAGUACAUGCCUUCACCGGUGCCUUUAUCUUUUGAGUAUAUGAUACAUAUCUCAUUCCGGUUGUGGACAA